UUGUCCACGUGUUGCGUUUUCUUGAAGUUGAUGUGUUGUUGUUGUUGUCUGGGCAGUCGCGAAUUAUGUGUCCAGGUUGCCGGUAUCUAUGGCAUAGUUGAAUCGAUCCACUACAUCGUUGUUGUUGUUGUCUUGUUGUUGGUUUCCAUUUGUUGGCAACUUGCGAUGUUGAUUGUUGUUGUUGCUGCAUGUUGUUUUCGUCCUUCCAUUCAUCAUAAAAAUUUGCUGCUUUGACUUUCAUUCUUUGUUGAAAAUGUUGUUGUUGUGUCCACCAUUGCUUUGAUGUAGU